AUGUUAAAUCUUAUACCAAAAAGAAUAGUAUCGAAAACAUUGCUCUUUGGAAAAAGGCCAGUCCAAAGGAUCCGAGUUGGAAAGGAUAAGAAUGUUUUAGAAUUGAGCUUAAGUGAUGUGAACUCCAUUUAUGAUGAUAUUGACGAAAACACAAAUUUACAUAAUAAGGAUUACAAUCCGUUGAAGUAUAGCGUAUAUGUAAAAUAUAAAAUAUCCGCAUUGAACCUAAUUGAGGCGUAUAAAAAUGAGGAAAACAAGAAAACUGCAUUAACAAAUAUUAAAUGGUAUGCAAAAAUUAGGGAUUACUUUUUUAUAAAUUUUUCUAAGAACCAGAUUGAAUUAAAAAAAAAAAUGGUUCCGAAAUUUUUUUAUCCAAUGGAAAAAUAA